UUUAUUUCCACCGUGAUGUCAUCACUCCAGUAAUACCCGGAUGAAAGCGUAGGAAACAACAGAAACAACUGUUUAACUAUUUGUAUUCACUAUUUAUCAAAUUUCUAUUAGUUAACGAAAGGAAAAACUUCUGUAUAGUAUUGUAUUGAUCCGUAAAAUGUCUACACCAGCUAGAAGGAGAUUAAUGAGAGAUUUCAAAAGAUUACAAGAAGAUCCACCAGCUGGUGUAAGUGGUGCUCCUACAGAUAAUAAUAUUAUGUUAUGGAAUGCUGUUAUAUUUGGGCCACAUGACACACCUUUUGAAGAUGGUACCUUCAAGUUAACAAUUGAAUUUACAGAAGAAUAUCCUAACAAACCUCCUACAGUGCGAUUUGUGUCAAAAAUGUUUCAUCCAAAUGUAUAUGCAGAUGGUAGCAUAUGUUUAGACAUUCUACAGAAUAGAUGGAGUCCUACAUAUGAUGUUUCAGCUAUUCUAACUUCUAUUCAGUCUCUCUUAGACGAGCCUAACCCCAACAGUCCAGCCAAUAACUUAGCUGCUCAACUUUAUCAGGAAAACCGACGGGAGUAUGAAAAAAAAGUGCGGGUUAUUGUGGAGGAAAGUUGGAUGAGCAUCUGAAUUGGGAUUAGCAUCUGAACUGGAUUAAAGAGAACAGCCAGUGUUGGUACCUGUCUACUAUUGUAUCACCUGUCUGUCCAGUUACCAUCUGAAUUGGGAUUAGCAUCGGAACUGGAUUGAAAGAGAAACAGGCUGGGUUCGUACCUGUCUGUUGUUGUAUUAUCUAUCUGUCCAUUUAUGUCACUGCCCAUGUCAGAGUGAACUUCAGAUAACACUGGAUAGUUCAUGUAGGAAGGCUUAGUCUCUGCGAGAUUUCAACUGCAGCUAAAGCUUUCAUAGUUCCAUAUCUGAUCACUGUUCUGGAAGAGGAUGUUGGAGCAGUUUAUUAAUCAAAAGAUGCUAAGACACCUUUCAUUACUAGGCCAUGUGUGGCAUCUUAUCCUCUUAUGACACAGGAGACACUUGUGUGAAAUGCUCAUCUUUGAUGUCUUUUGGGGAUGCUUGUUGUUUUCUAGAGAUGUUCAGGAGGGAUUUUACUUGUAAUAUUAACAGUGGAGACCAUCAAGUGAUUAAAGGACUUUGUAUUUUGAUACAUGAAUUAGAUGGAAAAAAAUCACUUAACCAAAUAUGGCUUGGUGAGAUAAAGUCACCUGCAUUGGAUUUGAUGUCUUUGCCAAAGACUUUUUUUUUUGCUCUGAGAUUUACCUCUGUAUUCACAAGGACAUUUGUGGACAAAAUAAAAUAUGGUGGAUAACUGGCUAAACCAGUAAUACACCUGGUACUAAAAAUAUGUGAACACUCAUAUCAACUUUCUCUCUUUCUUUCUGUUGCCAGUUUUAAGACACCUUAACAGUGCCUGGUUCCAACUUGUUUGUCUACCACUAGGGUCUGAAAUAAAGGAGCACCUGCCUAGUAAAUCACUGGACAUCAUUAGCAUCACCAUUAUUUAUUAACCACUGUCUGAGACAGUGGCCACUUCUCCCAUUUUGCUUUUGUUGUCCUAAGUCUAUUGGGUAUUUUAGUUGGGGUAGGAAAUAGUUGUGGUAGUUUAUGAAUGUGAUUUAAACAUUCAUUUGUGAUAGAACAGGCAACCUUUGUUUUCAAUGAUGAAAAAGUAGAGUACAGUUUCCAUUUCGUAUUGGUUGUUGAUUAGGCAUCAAAAUGUAGGUCAAGGCUGCAGAAAGGUCACGAGUUGUCAUAUCAUUCAAGGCAGGCAUUUCUGCACCAAUCAUUUACAAAUUGGAACAUAGAAUCUUGUCUAUUUUAAUCGUUGUAUCUAGGGUUGUUAUCUACAAGUUUGUUAAAGCACAAAAAUAUUAAAUUUCUAUUUGAAGUUCCUUUUUAAUCCUGUGUUUGUGAUGUGCUUUAACUGAUGCCAAAUGUUUGGAUUUAACUGAAGCCUUGGGGGUAGUUUCAAACAAAUUACAUUUUUUUUUUGACAUGGCUGGGUACUUGACUUUUUGUGACUUGAUAUUAUAUGUUGAAUCUUAGGUGUGCAAAUAACUCGUUGCACCACUGAUAGAACGUAGUGAAUAUUGUCAUGUGUGAAACGUAUGACAUUAAAGGGGGGGGGGGUAUUUUUACGCAUGUGAAAGGGAUGUGUAAUUUAAGUUUUUUUUCCAAUAUUUUUUUUUGCCUUGCCACCACUCAUGGUAUUCAUGUUAACUUAAUUAAGCUCAGAAAGGAGGAGUGAUGACACCUGUUAGUGCUCUGUGGCAAGGAGGUUCAGGUUAUUCAAGAUAUAAAGUACUGGUCUUGGUACCAGUUGAUUUGUUUGUGGUUAAUGAGCACAUCAACCCUGUUCUGUAUUACAUCUGCAUUCUGUUAUUAUAAAGCCAAAUCAUUUAGCCAGUGUACGAAUAUUGUACAAAGUGUAAUAAAUUAAUUCUAGUAACCUA